AUGACGGAAGAAGAUACAAAAUCGAAGGAUUCAGACAAACAAUCUAUUGCAGAAGGACUGGACUUAGAACUUGACUUUAGGAAUGAUCCUAGAGUUCAAUGGUUUAAGGAACGCAUUCUUACAUACAUAGGCAUAAAUGAUGAGGAACUCUUCUACAAUCUACUAGACGAAGGAGAUGCAAAGCAAAAACUUGCGACUUUUAUAACGGCUCCUCUUAAGCCAAACGAAUUGUCCCUCGAUAAACGUACAUUUUACAUUUCUAAAAUAAUUGUCGAUAAGUUAAUUCAUGAGGACAAGGAAUUUACGGAAUGGCGAAUAAUUCCACCACCACCACCUCCGCCAUCAACAAAGAAAGGCAAGAAAGGUAAAAAAGGUAAAGCUGACGCUGUAGUAGAACCAGAAUCUGAAGAUGCAAUUGAAGAUGACAAGAAAGCAAAGAGUAUGAAGAGUAUGAAAAGUAUGAAGAGCAUGAAAAGUAUGAAGAGUAUUAAAAGUCUGAAAAGUAUGAGAAGUAUGAAAGAUGAAGAAGUACUCACAGCAGCAGCAGCUGUUACAGAAGUAUUUGAUUUAGAGGAAGGUGUGAGGACGUCCAUAGACUUGCGAUUGGAUGAAGAGGAACCUCCAUUGGUCGCAGAGGAUUUAUACUCAUUUCCAGCGCCUCCUGAAGAUCUGGAUCCCGAAGUUGAUGGGACUUUGGAAUUUUAUACAGUCAUUCGAUCAGUCCCACGUAUAAUCCAAUAUCCUAAGCUGGUACCAGUUUUCGGCGCGUUCACACCUCAAGUAACUAACAGGAAUCGACGAUACAUCUAUUUCAUCAGACAGACUCAGGAUGAAAUACCAUUGGCCGAAACACCUAAAAUGACUAAGCAAAAAAUGCCAGAGUAUAUUUUAGUGGGAUCAACUAGCGGAAAAGUUCUAAUGAGUUUAGGAUUGCAACUUAAAGAGACAUUUAUAUCACUGUUCGAGAAGCAGUUUCGUGAAAUAGUCUCUAUGGGGACGGAUCACCAGUCCACGACCGUUCUUUCUCGUCAGCUCUCGUACGCAGGACAACAUUAUCAAAUGGAGGAUAAUACUUCAGAGGUGAAUUAUCUUCGCCCGUCCGACUACCGCAGAAUGUCUAAUGUUGCUAGAGGAGAAAAUGCCGAGAGACGGAUUAAAAAUAUGCAUUCCGAAUCAUCUACGGUUCCUCGAAAGUUAAUACCAGCGAUACCUACAUCUUCAAUAAUUACACGGGAUAUCUCUGAUAUGGAUGCUCCGAUUUCAGAAACAAAGGAUGACUUUGAAAAGAAACCCACCGCAUCGGAAGUCAUAACUGAUAUUAAAAAUCUCGUGGGAAUUGUGGAAUGGACAAUUGAGCACAUUGAAGGUGACAUACAGCUGCCAAUGCCAAACAUACCAGCUCUAACGGAAGAGCGUUCACCUGGACAUAUUGAGUUCAAUGAUCCUGAAUUGACUACUCAGCUAGAAGAGGCUGUCAUGAUGUGGCAAUCUCACAUCGAUUCUACGAUAUCAGCAUGUUUGGGGAAGACACGAGAAGGCGAGGGUCCAGUGGCAGAGUACAAAUACUGGCGUGAGAGAGAUGCUGAGAUAUCACUUCUCGUGGAACAGCUGAAACAACCGAUGGUUGUCAAAAUAUUGUCACUUUUGAAGAAAGCAUCUCCUUCUUAUUUGGAGGGUUUCCAGAACUAUAAAGAGAAACUAAUGGAACAAUAUAAUCUUGCUGGAGAUAAUCUCAAGUUUUUGUCAACACUAAUGCGUUUUUUCACCGUGAUAGAAGACGAUUCUUCACUCCAACAAGUAAUCGACAUGUUACCGGAACUUGUUGAAAGUAUCUACAUGAUUAAGCAAAAUGAUGAGAUUCUAUCGCUCGCCCGAGCUGGUCAAAAGAUAAUGGAAAUGUGGCAUACUCUGUAUAAGGAAACUAGACGUAACAUUGAAUUGAGCGGUAAGGGAGCGCGCUGGGAAUUCGACCAACCGUUGCUGUUCACUCGCACCGACUACAUCGGUACCGUUGCUAGAGAUCUAGGAGACGUUGUGCAGGUACUAAUCGAUUUUGAGCGUAUAUUUGGUAAUGAAUUAAAAUCGAUAAUAAGCGAUCCAACUCAAAUUGACGAUGUACGGAAGAGGGUCAAGAAGCUUAUAUACCCAAUACGUACUAUCGACUUCAGUGUGUUCGUGUUUGACAAUAAAGAGAACUGGGAUGUCAUCAUGGGUGACUUCUGGAACGAAGUUAGAUAUUUGGAAGAAGAAGCUAAAAAUUAUAUAAAUCAAAGCUUUGGUAAUUUACGAUCCUCAGAAGAAGCUCUAGAUGUGCUUCUUAAAUUCCUAGAGUUCGACACAAGGGAGGCUAUUAGACGUCAACUCGCUACGAAAUUCGACCUCGUCAUGCGACAGUUCAUUAAAGAGAUAACAGCUAUAGAAGAUAAAUUCACCCGUUUUCGUAAAAAUCCACCUUUACUUCGAAAUCACCCGCCGGUCGCCGGCGCCAUCUACUGGGCAAGGGCUCUCUUCAAUAAGAUGAAACAACCCAUUAUGAAGUUCAAGAAAGUACCAGAACUUAACGAUUGCGAGCAAAAGAAAACCGCCUUCUUACAAUACAAAGCGUUCUCCAAACUUAUAAAGGAAUAUGAGGAAGCUAAAUAUAGGGAUUGGGUUAAGGAUGCUUCAGACUUCGUCGAUAAUACGAUGAAGAAGAAUAUACUACACGUCGUGUUCAAGAAGGAAGAAGAUCCAAUGACAUCAAAGGGUCGAGGGAUGCAACUGACUGCAGCGGGAAGAGCCCAUGUGGCCAAAAAGAAAGCGUCUAACAUGUCCAUUAAGCCCAUUGAUAUAGUAAACAAGGAGAUCGCUGACAAACGCAGGAGAGACAAAGCUUUAAUGUUGAUGCGGAUUCCUGGACAACACUAUGAGAAUGUGAGAUCACCGAGCUCCGUGUCACUUCUAGCGAAAGAAGGAUUGACCGAUGUUACUUGGAGAGAUAUGACAGUUCACAAGCUGAUGCAAGAGUAUGACCUAGAGUUUCAGCCUAAUUUCGACAGGCACAUCUUCCUAAUCAUACAUGAGGCGGAGCUUAUGGAGAAAUUAGGGUUCGACGUACCGCUCAAUAUUCGCGAUGUGUCUAUGCAAAAGGCUCGACUUUACUACGAACUGGAAGCGUUAGAGAACGUGAUACUGAAAUACAAUGCUAGCACAGCAUCCCUCAGUAUAUCAGAAACGCACCUUAUGAAGAAGCAUCUUCUAGACAUGGAGAGACAUAUCCUACCGGGAUUGACCAGGAUCACUUGGACGGCUUUGGGGAUAAAUGAUUAUAUAAAGGAUAUUACGAAGGGCGAGAACUCACUGAAAGCUAUAUAUCAACAAUUAAAGAUGGUGGAAAAAGAAAUUCAGUUUCUGCUCGAUCAGAUAGAAAUGUUUGAUUUAUUCCCUUGUGUGCGGCCAAAGAACUACGUCGACCCAAAUACAGGGGAACCAGAUGAUACAUGGAUAUAUCCUUGCAAGACUUACUUCGUGGAGGUGGAAAAUGACCGACUCGAGCGUACUGCGAACUUAUCCCGACUCUAUGACCGCAUCGGUCCCAAUCUUAUGAAACUUGAAUACCUGAUUCUUGGAACCAGCACUGGACGCUCCGAAGUCAUGUCAUCAUACUACACCUUCUGGGAAAAGAAAAUUUUCAAAAGCCUUGUUACGCUAACUCUGGAGAAUCUCCAACAGUUCCAGAGCACUUUAAGUGGCAACACGCCGCUGUUCCAGGUGGACGCGGUGCUCGCGGCACCUGAUAUCGCCGCGCGCCCUGCACCCUCCGAGCUCUGCAACAUACUCGGAUAUAACAUCAAACACUUCUUGAAUAGAUUGACUACUUUCCCUCGUUGGAUGAAAAAAACUUGCAUCCCAUGCCCUCCUCAGAGGAUUGUCGAGGCGACAGGCAAUGAGUUCUACGUCUUCUCCUAUUUCGAGGAUAUACUACGAGUGGUUGCCAUUAAUGAUGUCACGCUUCUCAUACAAGAUACUGUGUAUCGCCUUACGCAGGAUAUUAACACUUAUAUACAAAAAUGGCACAAGUAUCAACAUUUAUGGGCUUUCGAUAAGCAUCUUUCUUGUGAAAAAUAUGUUCAAAAAUAUGAACAGAUCCAUAAAUAUGAUGAAAAAUUUUUCUUCUUCGAAGAUAUUAUAGCAGACUUAAAUGCUCAUAUAAAAUAUGUGGAUAUCGGGGCUAUAAGAGUUAAUUUACGGCCGAUAAUACACCAAGUGCAGGGACACGCACAAGAAUGGAAAGAUAUCCUUGGUCAAUGUAUUGCAUCAAAAACAAAAAUGAAUAUGUAUGAUUUGAAAAAUCAAAUCGAGUCUCUUCGAAUGACGAUGAACAUGAACAUUAAAGGACUCGAAGACUUCAAGCUGGUGAUGGCAACCAUUACACAAGUGCAACAAUUUACGAUUACAGCUGAAGUGAAAUUUAGAAAUAUGCAGGAAAUUUUUCACAUAUUACGACAACACGGCAUUGAUGUAUCCGAUGGUGACAUUGAUUUCGCCAAAAAUCUUGAAUCGUCUUGGGGUAGUCUUUACCAAACUUCAUUGUUUCGGGGCAAUACCCUCGAACAGACAAAAGAUAAGUUCUCCAAACUGAAUGUGGUUGAGAUUGCCAAUUUCCUAAGAGAGUUAGACGACUUCGUUGAAAAGUUUGAUAUUGAAGGACCAGGUACAGUCGGAGAUGAUAUGGAUAGAGGACUUUUGCUUAUGGAGGAAUAUACAAAACUUUUCGAUGAACUGGAGUCACGGAAAAGAAUUCUUCAAGCGGCGGAACAGCUUUUUGACAAUCCUCUCGCAGACUUCUCAAGUUUUAAUCGAGCAAAAACUGACUUCCAAGCUAUGGAACAGAUAUAUAAAAUAUACAAAGCACAAAAAAAUGCCCGUGAGUUAUGGGCCAAGACACUUUGGGUUAAUUUGAAUCCUCAAGCUUUAGUCGAUGGCAUUGAACAAUUUUUCAAAGAGUACAGGAAACUACCGAAAGCGGUUCGCCUCACAAGUACUGGUCUAAUGUUAGAUUUAAAAAUGAAACAAUUUAAAAAUGUCGUUCCUCUGAUGGUUUCUUUAAAAAAUGAGGCGAUGCGAGAACGACAUUGGAAAGAAUUGAUGGCCAAAACUGGCCAAGAGUUUGACAUGUCCCCCGAACGUUUUACUUUAGAGAAUAUGUUUGCCAUGGAAUUACAUAAGUAUCAAGAUGUGGCUGAAGAAAUCGUGAACCAUGCUAUAAAGGAACUGUCGAUUGAACGAGGCGUUCGAGACGUGCAAGAAACAUGGGCAAACAUUGCGUUUACGGUGGCGCGACAUUUCAACCGCGGCGAGGACCGCGGAUAUACGCUCAACCCCUGCGACGAGAUAGUUGUCAAGUUAGACGACGAUGCCAUGUCAUUACAGAGCAUGGCCGCAUCGCAAUUCAUAGGUCCAUUCUUAACGGUAGUCCAAACCUGGGAGCGUCGUUUGGGUCUGAUAUCGGAGGUGAUUGAGGAAUGGUUUGCAACGCAACGCAAAUGGCUAUACCUCGAAGGCAUAUUUGUGGGUGGAGACAUUCGCACGCAGCUGCCAGAGGAGGCGAAGAAAUUCGAUGAUAUUGAUAAGAGUUUUAGAAAGAUAAUGCUGGAUACCGCAAAGCGAUUAAAUGUCGUCGAUUGUUGUACCAUUAGUGGUAGAUUAGAAGAAUUUAUAGGCUUAGGCUUAGGUUUACAAAAGUGCCAGAAGUCUCUCAAUGAUUACUUGGAUUCUAAGAGGCGAAUUUUUCCGAGGUUUUUCUUUAUAUCGACUGACGAAUUAUUAUCUAUUUUGGGAAGUAGCGAAUGCAGUUGUGUACAGGAGCAUAUGAUCAAGAUGUUCGACAAUAUACGAGCAUUAGAUUUGUACGUUGAUCACACUAAUCGCCCUGUAGCUGCUAAAAUGAUUUCCGCAGAGGGAGAGAUUAUGGAUUUUCGUUGCGUUGUAUACACAGAGGGGAGAGUAGAGGACUGGAUGAAUUUGGUUUUGAUUGAAAUGCGCAAUACUAAUAAGUUCAUAAGCAAAAAGGCAAUAUUCUAUUAUGGGAAGAAUUGGAGAGUACCUAGGACAGAUUGGAUUAUGGAGUAUCAGGGCAUGGUUUGUCUCGCUGCUAACGGUGUUUGGUGGACCGCUGAGACUGAGGAAACUUUCUUACGUAUCAGGAACGGAAACAAAAGAGCAAUGAAGGAACAUUUGCAACAUCAAAACGAACAAUUGGAUGGUCUGGUUGUUAAAGUUAGACAAGAUUUAUCUUCCAAUGAUCGUCUAAAAUUCCGUACGAUAACAACAAUUGACGUGCACGCCCGCGAUAUUAUCGAAGGCUUUGUGCGGGACAACGUUACUGAAGCCGCCGAGUUUGAAUGGGAAAGCCAACUUAGAUUUUAUUGGAUGAAGAAAGAUGAUAAUCUCUGGAUAAAACAAUGCACAGGAUUAUUUGAAUAUGGUUACGAGUAUAUGGGACUUAAUGGUCGACUUGUUAUUACGCCUUUAACAGACCGAAUUUAUCUCACUAUCACUCAAGCUCUUACAAUGCAACUUGGAGGUGCACCUGCAGGUCCUGCUGGUACAGGAAAAACGGAAACCACAAAAGAUUUAGCAAAAGCUCUCGGUCUAUUAUGCGUUGUGACAAAUUGUGGAGAAGGCAUGGACUUCAGAGCUGUUGGUCAAAUAUUAGCAGGGCUGUGCCAAUGUGGUGCAUGGGGCUGUUUUGACGAGUUUAAUCGCAUUGACAUCUCUGUCUUAUCCGUAAUAUCAACUCAACUUCAAUGCAUUAGAAGUGCCUUACUAAUGAAGCUUAAGCGAUUUACUUUUGAAGGUCAAGAAAUCUCCAUGGAUAGUAAAGUAGGGAUUUUUAUAACAAUGAACCCAGGCUACGCUGGUCGUACUGAACUGCCCGAAUCAGUCAAGGCACUUUUCCGUCCGGUCGUCUGCAUUUUACCAGAUUUGGAAAUGAUUUGUCAAAUUUCUCUUUUUUCUGAUGGCUUUCUUACUGCUAAGGUAUUAGCUAAAAAAAUGACAGUUCUAUACAAAGUAGCUCGGGAGCAGUUGUCUAAGCAAUCCCAUUAUGAUUGGGGAUUGAGAGCUUUAACAGCUGUGCUACGAAUGGCGGGGAAACUUAGAAGAGACUCACCUGGGCUUAGUGAAAUAAUGGUGUUGAUGAGAGCUCUCAGAGAUAUGAAUCAUCCAAAGUUCGUGUUUGAAGAUGUGCCACUGUUCCUUGGUCUUAUUAAAGAUCUUUUUCCUGGACUUGAGUGCCCUCGAGUCGGUUAUCCAGACUUCAACGUUGCAGUCGUGGAAGUACUUGAAAGCGAUGGAUAUAUUGUCCUUCCACAUCAGGUAGACAAAGUAGUCCAAAUGUAUGAGACAAUGAUGACGAGGCACUGCACGAUGUUGGUAGGACCGACCGGGGGAGGCAAGACUGUCAUUCUCCAGACACUGGUGAAGGCACAGAACAAUCUUGGACUACCCACCAAGCUCACUAUAGUUAACCCUAAAGCUUGUUCGGUAAUAGAAUUGUAUGGAAUUCUUGAUCCCGUUACCAGAGAUUGGACUGAUGGACUUUAUUCUAAAAUAUUCCGUGAAAUGAACAGACCUGCAGACAAAAACGAACGUCGGUAUUCUCUAUUCGACGGUGAUGUUGACGCUUUAUGGAUUGAAAAUAUGAACUCCGUAAUGGAUGAUAAUAGGCUUUUAACACUCGCUAACGGAGAACGAAUCAGACUCGCUCCAUAUUGUGCGCUGUUGUUCGAAGUUGGAGAUCUCAAUUAUGCAUCACCCGCAACAGUUUCAAGAGCUGGAAUGGUGUUUGUGGAUCCAAAAAAUCUUGGAUACCAACCUUACUGGGAGAGGUGGCUACGAAGCCGGAAUGACGAAGAGGAGCGCGAGCAGCUCGCAGGUCUCUUCGAACACUACGUGGCGGGCGCCAUCAACUACAUCGUGUUCGGUCUAUUCGGGCUGCAGCAGCAGACACCACUUAAAACCAUCGUUCCGCAAACACCACUCAAUUUGGUGAUGCAACUCUGCUACAUGAUAAGCGGUCUUCUGCCAAACAGAGAAGAUACUAACGAAGAACUCGAUAGAACAGUCGUUGAGUGUGUAUUUAUGGUGUCCAUGUAUAAUAGUCUCGGAGCAGCGAUAGUUGAUGAUGGGAGAUUCGACUUUGAUAAUUACGUGAAGAAAGCUUGUCCGAUGAUGUUGGUUGAAGACACUCUUGAAAAGAAAGCUACUACCAAACACUUUCCCAUGGCAUUCCCAUCGCUCUACGACUACUGCCUCGAACUAUCGACCAAGACGUGGGAGGCGUGGGAGUGGCUCGUGCCGGAAUACAUCCACGACAGGGAGCUGAAGUUCUCCUCAAUCCUCGUACCCACCGUCGAUACACUGAGAUUGACUUGGCUCAUCAAAAUUAUGGAGAGUGUUGAAAGGCCAGUUUUGCUCGUUGGUGAUACCGGUACUUCAAAAACAGCAAUUAUAUGCAACUACUUACGAGGGUUGCCAGCUGAUAAAUAUUUAAUUCAGCAGAUGAACUUCUCGUCUCGCACGUCGUCUAUGGACGUGCAACGGAAUUUGGAGUCGGUGGUUGAGAAGCGUACCAAGGACACCUUCGGACCCCCCGUCGGCAAGAAGAUGCUGGUGUUCAUCGAUGAUAUGAAUAUGCCCAUUGUGGACACAUACGGAACUCAACAGCCCAUAGCCCUUUUGAAGUUGCUCUUCGAAAGGAAAGGCUUCUACGACCGAGGCAAAGAUCUCAACUGGAAAAAUCUUAAGGAUAUAGGAUUCCUCGCUGCAAUGGGAAAAGCGGGCGGGGGUAGAAACGAUGUGGAUCCGCGUUUCAUUUCUAUGUUCUCAGUAUACAAUCUGCAGUUCCCGUCAGAGGCGACGUUAAGCCACAUUUAUGUCUCAAUCUUGAGAGGACAUUUUUCUAUUUUCCCGGAAGAAAUACAGGAUAUCGUGGACAAAAUAGUUCAAAUGACCCUUGACUUAUACAAGAUAAUAAUAGUGGACCUGCCACCCACGCCUGCGAAGUUCCAUUACAUCUUCAACUUGCGUGACCUGUCCCGCGUGGCUGCUGGUCUGUGCCUCACGCAUCCGAACUUCUUCAGCGAGAAGCGCAGUGUUGUUAGGUGCUGGAGAAACGAAUUCACUCGCGUCAUUUGUGAUAGGCUUAUUAAUUUACAGGAUAACGAGUUAAUGCGUGGACACAUUCAAGAGCAUGUUGCAAAAUAUUUCCCGGAAGAAGAACCAGUCGUUCUAGAAGAGAUUGUCGUACCCGAGGACGAUGAGAAACCUGCUGAAGAAGAGGAGGAUGAAUUUGCGAUAUCUGAUGCGAAACCACGUUCACAAAUUGCUGAUGAGCAGGAUGAACAAGUUGAAGAGGAACAAGUGGAGAUUGAAAAGGAAUUAACCUUGGAAGAAUAUGUGCUUCGGGAUCCCCUUCUAUUUGGUGACUAUCGCAAUGCACUCGAUGAAGAAGAAGUUAGAUAUUACGAAGAUCUAUUAGAUUAUGAAGCAGUUUAUUUCCUAUUUCAAGAGAUUCUCGACGAGUACAAUGAGCGAGUAGGCAAGAUGUCGGUGGUGCUGUUCGAGGACUGCCUAGAGCACCUGACGCGCGCACACCGGGUGCUGCGCACAGAUCGCGGAAACGCUAUGAUCAUCGGCGUCGGGGGUUCCGGGAAGAAGUCCAUCUGCCGUCUCGCCGCAUUCGCUGCCGGAUGUGAAAUGUUCGAGAUCACAGUGACGCGCAACUACAACGAGAACACGUUUAAGGAUGACAUGAAAAGGCUUUACAAUCAACUCGGAGUCGACGGCAAACCCACCGUCUUUUUGUUCACCGCGGCGCAAAUUCUUGAAGAGGGAUUCCUGGAGUUUAUCAAUAAUAUUUUGAUGAUCGGUAUGAUCCCCGCUCUGUUUGGUGAUGAUGAAAAGGAUGCUAUCAUAAAUGCUGUUCGAAACGAGAGUUCAGAAGCUGGCUACGGUGUAGCUAAGGACGCUGUCUGGAACUAUUUCUGUAACAAAUGUGCUGACAAUUUGCAUGUCGUCCUCUCUAUGUCCCCGAGUGGUGACUUAUUGAGAAACAGGUGUCGAAGUUUCCCUGGCCUCGUGAACAACACAACGAUCGACUGGCAGUUUCCGUGGCCGAAGCAGGCUUUACUCGCCGUAGCUAACGUCUUCCUUGCUGAUGUUCAAAAAAUUCCGGAAGAAUUCCGAUCAAUCAUCGUGGAGCAUGUUGUACACGUGCACAUGUCAGUGGCGCACUACUCAGCCGAGUUCCUGUUACGAUUGCGACGGAACAACUACGUCACACCUAAACACUACAUGGACUUCCUAACUAACUACCUAGCACUACUCAAUGAAAAGGACGCCUUUAUAGUGGCACAGUGUGAGCGGCUGAUUGGUGGUUUGGCUAAAAUCGAAGAAGCAAAUGUUCAAUUAGAAGACUUGAAUGCUAAGCUGGCAGUUCAGAAAGUGAUAGUUGCAGAACAAACAAAAGAAUGUGAAAUAUUACUAAAAGAGAUAUCAACAGCUACCGAGGCAGCCGUUGCUAAGCAAACCGUUGCUGCUAUAAAAAGCCAGGAGAUCACAGAACAGAGCAAAGUGAUAGCAGAAGAGAAAUCAGAAGCAGAAGAAGCUCUGUCGGCGGCACUUCCAGCGCUGGAAGCCGCGAGAUUAGCGCUUGCUGACUUAGAUAAAAACGAUAUUACUGAAAUUCGAUCCUUUGCUACACCCCCAGAGGCAGUCCAAGUCGUCUGUGAAUGCGUCGUAAUAAUCCGAGGUAUAAAAGAUGUAAGCUGGAAAGGCGCUAAAGGAAUGAUGGCUGACCCCAACUUCUUACGAAAUCUUCAAGAAAUGAACUGUGAUCUCAUUACGCAAGCUCAAGUGAAGGCGGUGAAGGCGCACAUGAAAAAGAGCAAAAAACUUGAUACAAUGCAGCAGAUUAGUAAAGCAGGAUACGGUCUCUUAAAAUUUGUAAUAGCAGUAUUAGGCUACUGUGCAGUAUACAAGGAAGUAAAACCAAAAAAGGAUAAAGUAGAAUCAUUAGAAAGAGAAUAUACGGAGGCUUGCAACUAUUUAGCAUCUCUGAACCGAGAGAUUGAUCGUCUUCAGCAAACUUUGGACGGGCUGAACAACAGAUACGAAACUGCUAUGUUAAGAAGGCAGGAGUUGCAAGAGGAAACAGAUAUUAUGAUGCGAAGAUUAAUAGCUGCGGACAAGCUCAUGUCUGGUCUGUCGAGUGAACAGAAGCGAUGGACGGAAGAUUUGGCUGCUUUAUACGUGGAACAAUCUAGACUUAUUGGCAAUUGUCUGUUGGCGGCCUCUUUCCUUUCCUACGCCGGGCCGUUCUCCUUCUCUUUUAGACAGACAAUGUUGUAUGAGGACUGGAUGGGAGAUGUCCUCGAAAAGGGUAUUCCGCUUACUACCCCUUUUACGGUUGAAAAAAAUUUGACGAAUGAAGUUGAAAUUAGUGGGUGGAAUUCCGAAGGCUUGCCGCCAGAUGAGUUAUCCGUACAAAAUGGAAUUCUAACAACGAGGGCUUCUCGAUUCCCUCUAUGUAUCGACCCUCAAACUCAAGCGCUUACCUGGAUCAAGAGAAAGGAAACUAAGAAUAAUCUUAAAGUGCUGUCUUUUAACGAUCCACAAUUUCUCCGUCACUUGGAAAUGGCUAUAAAGUAUGGAAUGCCGGUUUUGUUCCAAGACGUUAACGAGUACAUUGAUCCGGUCGUGGAUAAUGUCUUGGAAAAAAAUAUCAAAAUCGAAAGCGGUCGCACGUUCGUGAUGCUGGGCAGCACGGAAGUUGAUUAUGACCCCAACUUCCGCAUGUACCUCACCACCAAACUCGCCAAUCCACAGUUUAACCCGGCAGCCUACGCGAAGGCCGUCGUCAUUAAUUACACUGUCACUGUGCAGGGCUUAGAAGACCAACUACUCAGUGUUGUGGUUCGCGCUGAACGAGCUGAUCUCGAGGAGCAGCGCGAGAGCCUCAUCAUCGAGACGAGCGCCAACAGGAGUUUGCUCUCAGGGCUCGAGGACUCACUGCUUAGGGAGCUGGCCACCUCCACCGGCAACAUGCUGGAUAACGUGGAGCUCGUGAAUACGUUAGAGAACACAAAGUCCAAGGCUGCUGAAGUAAUGGAAAAACUUCAAUUAGCUGAAGCUACAACGAAAGAUAUUGAAAAAUUGCGAGACGGCUAUAGACCGGUCGCUAAGCGCGGCUCUAUACUCUUCUUCGUGUUGUCGGACAUGGCGAGCGUCAACAGCAUGUAUCAAUACUCCUUGUCUUCGUACCUCGACGUCUUUUCCUUUUCAUUGCGUAAAGCGAUGCCGAAUGUGAUAUUGGCGAAACGAUUGAAGAACAUUAUCGAUAUGUUGACUAAAAAUGUAUACGAUUAUGGAUGUACAGGCAUAUUCGAAAGACACAAGUUACUGUUCUCCUUCCAAAUGGAUAUAAAAUUAGAACAGAGCGAGGGCAACGUCAGUCAAAUUCAAUUGGACUUCUUUAUUAAGGGUAAUAUUUCCUUGGAAAAAGCCUCCAGAGCUUGUCCUGCAACUUGGAUACCGUCACAGGGGUGGCAAGAUAUUAUGAAACUUAGUGCAGACUUCUCGGAAUCAUUCGGUGAAUUACCCGACCAUAUAACUAGGGGCCUUGAGAAAUGGCAAACGUGGUUUGAUAGCGACACGCCGGAGUCGUCGGAGAUGCCGGACGGAUAUCGUGAGAAGCUGAAUCCCUUCGAGAUGCUAAUGGUUCUGCGCUGCUUCCGCGUGGACCGCAUCUACCGCGCACUCACCGACUACAUCACCAUCACCAUGGGCGAAGACUACAUCACGCCACCGGUUAUCAGUCUCGACAUGAUCUACGAGCAAACGACGCCGUACACGCCGGUGGUGUUCAUCCUCAGCCCCGGCUCUGACCCGACGGCUGACCUCAUGAAGCUCGCCGACCGCUGCGGUUUUGGUGGCGGCAAGUUCAAGUACCUUUCGCUCGGACAGGGACAGGAAGGGGCCGCCCUUUCUUUACUAGAAGGAGCGAUUUCUCAUGGCCAAUGGUUGAUCUUGCAAAACUGUCAUCUACUGGUAUCGUUUUUGAGGGAACUGGAGAAACAACUAGAAAUGAUGGAGAAGCCUCAUCCCGAAUAUCGACUCUGGCUGACUACCGAUCCUACGCCUACCUUCCCCAUCGGUAUACUGCAAAGAUCACUCAAAGUUGUAACUGAACCACCGAACGGUCUGAAGCUAAAUUUGCGCAACACAUACUUCAAGAUGCGCGCUCACGCACUGGAGGAGUGCGACCAUCCUCAGUUCAGGAAAUUAGUUUACGUUCUGGCGUUUUUCCAUGCUGUCGUUCAGGAGCGCCGUAAAUACGACAAGAUAGGUUGGAACAUAGCGUACGACUUCAGCGAAUCGGAUUUCGUGGUCUGUAUGCAGAUCCUGCAAUGCUACCUCGAACGCUGUCAUGCAGCCCACGGACCCGUGCCAUGGGCCACGCUCAAGUACCUGUUUGGAGAAGUAAUGUACGGUGGUCGUGUAAUAGAUGAUUUUGACAGAAGAGUUGUAAAAACCUACAUGGACGAGUACCUCGGCGACUUUUUGUUUGACAAGUUCCAGCCUUUUCACUUCUACCACGAUGCUAACUUCGACUACGUGAUACCGCCGGACGGUGAACGAGAAGAAUACAUUGAUUUUAUCGAUGUACUGCCGCUCGCAAACACUCCUGAAGUGUUCGGUUUGCAUCCGAAUGCUGAGAUUGGUUACUUCAGCCAGGCUGUGCGCGAAAUGUGGGCACAUCUAAUCGAGCUGCAGCCGCAGACCAGUGAAGGUGGUGGCUUGAUGAGUCGAGAAGAGUUCAUCGACUCUAUCGCGGUGGACAUCCUCUCCAAGCUGCCGCCGCUCUACGAAAUCUGGCGCGUGCGCAAGCAAUUUGAGAUGAACAUCACUCCCACGGUUGUGGUGCUGCUACAGGAACUCGAAAGAUUUAAUCGGCUUAUAAGCAAGCUACUAAGCACGCUAAGUCAACUUCGCAAGGCGCUGGCUGGCGAGAUUGGCAUGGACGCAGUGCUCGAUAACGUCUCGAACAGCUUGUUUAACGGGCAGCUGCCGUUCGUGUGGCGGGCGCUUGCACCCGACACUAGGAAAGGGCUCGGCGGAUGGAUAGACCACUUCAUGGCGCGCACCAAACAGUACUCCGACUGGGCGACAAUGGAGGAGCCGGUGGUUAUCUGGCUAUCCGGGCUACAUAUCCCCGAAUCGUACCUGAUCGCGCACAUCCAGGCAGCGUGUCGCGCUAGCGCACGCGCUCUCGACCGCGCCUCGCAGUACACGCGCGUUACCGUGCACACCACGCCCGACGACAUCGAGGAACGCCCACAAACUGGCUGCUAUGUUCGUGGGUUAUACUUGGAGGGUGCUCGUUGGGACUUGGAAGACGGUUGCUUGAGAAGAUCACAUCCCAAAGUGCUGAUCACUGAGUUGCCCAUCAUGUACAUCAUACCUAUUGAGGCUCACAAGCUUAAACUACAGAACACAUUACGAACUCCAGUCUACACGACGUCGUCACGCCGUGACGCCAUGGGAGUGGGUCUUGUAUUCGAAUCUGAUCUCUGGACCACGGAGCACUGCAGCCACUGGAUCUUACAAGGAGUCUGCCUAGUUAUGAACACUGAUUGAAAAAUCUACAGCAAUCAUAUCGAGAUACCAAAAUUAUACCUAUAACCUCUUUGUGUAGUAUCAAAAAUCAAAUGACUACUUGAUUAAAAGUAAUUGCAUGAUUUGUGAAAUGACAUUAUGAGAGAAACCGUGGAUCCUUUGGUCUAUAACUAAGGUCAAUCGUGUGGAUAUUCAUUGAAACCCCACCUACUCUAUGCUUUUAUCUUUAUAAUUGUAUACAUACAAUACCAAUUAUAUACCCAUAUUAAAGUAUUUCUUUAAAUGGUUCUGGUAUUCAAAGUUAUUUGGUUCUGGUUGAUUGGGAAACGAAGUGAAUUUAGCAACAACAACCAAUUAAUCUUAUAUUAUAAUGUGUGUUACUUUAAUUCGUAACUUUGAACAGAUACAUGCUUUCUAAACAUGUGAAAUUAAAUAUUGGUUUGUAACAAA